AUGGCGUCACCGAUCACCUUGGCAUUGGACUGGACUCUGAACACGAAUCAUUCCGGAUUCGUUGUUGCGAAGGCCAAAAACUACUACACGGAUGAAGGAUUGGACGUAUCUCUCAUCUCACCAGGAUCUGAUUAUAAACCUCCAGCAGAUCUUGUCCGAACUGGGAGCGCGACAUUCGGGAUUACACCAAGCGAAACAGUAAUCAGUUCUCUGACGCGCAGUCCUCAAUUGAAGGCCAUCGCCACGCUACUGGAAGAGGAUACUAGCGCGAUCGUGACACUCAAAUCAAGCGGCAUCGACGCACCUUCCAAGCUGGAUGGCAAGAUCUAUGCAAGUUAUGCAGCCAGGUAUGAGGGGAGGAUUGUACAAGAGAUCAUCAGAGCUGAUGGUGGAAAGGGGGACUUCAGAGAGGCUACACCCUCUGUCAUGGGCAUAUGGGAUACUCUGCUGAAGGGAGAAGCAGAUGCAACUUGGAUUUUUUUGGGCUGGGAGGGUGUUGACGCUCAGAUCAAGGGUGUCGAGCUAAACGCCUUCAAGCUGGGUGAUUAUGGGAUUCCGUAUGGCUACACGCCGCUCUUGGUGGCCCUGCCACAGUUUCUCCGGGACUAUCCAGAUGUUGCCCGGGCCUUCCUUCGGGCAACCUCUCGUGGAUUCCAGUACACAGCAGAGCACCCGGCGGAGGCAGCGCAGUAUCUCCUGGCUGCAGCACCAGAUAGCAUGGACAAAAAACUUGCACUUGCAUCUCAGCAAAUGGUGUCAAAGCACUAUCUGGACGCUGGAGGGAGGUGGGGUCACAUGCGUGCAGAGCGCUGGGACAAGUUUCUGGACUGGCUGGGCGACAAGGGUCUGCUGACAAGCGCCAUGCCCUCGCGCAAUCCUGUGGAUGGUGUCAGCGCUUCACUUGAUGACCUCAGGAGCGGCAGAGCUGGAGAACCGCACCCGCGGUCUUCCAUCAAUGCUGCGGAUCUGUACACGAACGAAUUCUUGCCCUAG